AUGGAUUCAAAGCUGAAGUCAGUUCGUGCUGGACACAAAGGAGCCGUCACGAAGCUACUGGUGAAAUUCGACGAGUUAAAGUCAAAAACAGACACAGAAGUUGACGAAGUGAAAGCCCUUGAUGAUGCCGUCACGCAGAAACAGAAAACAUUAAUUGACCUGAAUAACAGACUUUUGGAACAGACAUCGGAGGAAAAUCUGGAGCAGGAAAUCACCGACUCAGAUGAGUAUAUGUACGAACUUGAUUGUAAAAUUAGACAAAUUCGGAAAUUUAUUAAGUCCUUUGAAACAAGUACUAUAAUUUCGCAUGAUAUUGUUGGUCCUUCAACGAGCAGACUUAACCCAGACGCAUAUAAUUUCACACCCGAAGCUAGAGUUGAUAUGAACACAUGUGCAAUAGAUUCUAUCAACCAACAGUAUUCAAUGCACGCCCCUGCAGUUCAUACCCGUCCGUCAGAGAAUGUCAUGUUUCAAGUCCCGUCAGAACCGAGAUCUUCAAAAUCUAAUUACCAUAGGCUUCCAAAGUUAGACUUACCCUAUUUUAAUGGAGAUAUUCUCAAGUGGCAGACAUUUUGGGAUUGUUUCGAGUCAUCCAUACACUUCAACGACACAUUAACUUCAAUCCAAAAGUUUAAUUAUCUGAAAGCCCAGCUAGAGGGAAGCGCCGCGCAAACAGUAGAGGGAUUCGCUUUGACAAAUGGUAACUACGAAACCGCAGUCAACCUUCUCAGAGAUCGGUUCGGACAACCUAGCAAACUGAUACAUGCUUACAUGAAAGCACUCAUGAAUUUACCCGCACCGACAAAUGAUGCUUUUAGUUUAAGGUCUUACGGAGACAGAUUAGAAUCAUACGUACGAGGAUUAGAGUCACUUGGUCAAACAUCAGAGAUGUAUGGUUCGCUUUUGGUACCUGUAGUUUUGGACAAGUUACCGAUUGACGUAAGAAAAUCUAUUGCAAGAGAACACGGGAGAGAUAAUUUGAUGUUGCAAAAUCUACGAAAAUCAAUAACUAAAGAGAUUGAAAUACUUGAGGCAGGACAGGGAGUCAUGGAACCGGACAGAUUGCACACCACAGCAUUUUUCACAGGUACAAAACCAAGAUCACACAAUAAAGGUAAAUUAACUGACACACGGAAGAAGGUAAAUACGCAUACAUGUAUUUUUUGUUCAGGUCAGCACUAUCCAACGGAGUGCUCUGAAGUAACAGACGCAAACGCUAGAAAUCAAAUAGUAAAACAGAAACAACUAUGUUUUAACUGUUUAGGGUCACACCGGGUGGCCGCAUGUAAGUCUACAAAACGGUGUAAAAAUUGUAAUGGAAUGCAUCAUACAAGCAUAUGUAAAGGGAAAGAGGUCAUUACAGAUACGAAGCAGGAGCCGAAAAUACAGCAGACAGCUAUCAACGUGGUUGAAACAUCAGACACAACUAGUGUAUUGCAUGCAUCACAAGUAAGUCCCGACAUUCUCCUAAAAACAGCAACUGCACCAGUUAUAUAUAACGACGUAAAAACAGAAUGUAACAUCUUAUUUGACGAAGGAGCGCUACGUUCCUUUAUCACUCAGAAAUUAGCCGAUAAACUUGAAAUUAAAACAACGGGGAAAGUCAGCAUUCAACUGUCUGCGUUCGGAGAUUUAUCUCAGAAAGUUCGUAACUUGGAAACUGCAACAAUACAAUUACAGAUCGACACGGGAGAAAAUGUGCGUAUAAACACACUCAUUGUGCCGGAAAUUGCCGUCCCGAUUCAUAACAGUAUUUCACAUACUACAAAGAGCUUGCCACAUUUGAGAGGACUUAAACUUGCAAAUUCUGUACACAGUGGAGAGCGUUUUGAGAUCGACCUACUAAUAGGCGCGGAUUAUUACUGGGAAAUUAUUGAGGACAAAAUCAUAAGAGGAAAAGGACCCACCGCUGUACAGUCAAAGAUAGGAUAUCUGUUAUCAGGACCAACUAUUGGAAAUAUCAGCCAGCAUUCAAGAUCUACAGUUCUUGUAAACGUCAUCGCACACAAGAACACGACUAUUGAUAACGAGAAAGGCAAUUCCAAAGAAGGGUUGUCUCAGAAACAUAACCAUCAAGAUGAUGUACCUUCAGGUAUGAUCGUUACCAAAAGAAGAGCCUUUGAGGAAAACACCCAAGGAAGUGACUAUCUACCAAGACCGCCCGAACGAACACACCCUCAACUGGUGGAGUCAAGAAGCCACAUAGAUACAGGACAGAAACUUAUAAUGAAAGAAAUUUACAGCUGA